AUGCAGCUGCAAGCAUCGUCCCUCAAUUCUUCGGAGCUGGAGGCUGAGGAAAUCGUGAAAAUGCUCUCUAAAGCUUCAGUAGGCCAAGGCGACAUUGCGAAGACAACCCUAAAGGUCCCAAAGGUUGGCGUGGAUCUAUCCUAUAUAUGUCACUUACAGGGGACACGCGAUAGAAAUCCAUUUCAAAUGCGUAUAUUAGAGGACGUAUUUGGAAUCAUUGUACAGUGCUUUAAGCGUCACGAUGCUGUUACGAUCGACACUCCUGUUUUUGAACUGAAGGAAGUACUCACUGGCAAGUAUGGAGAAGAUUCCAAACUGAUAUACGACUUGAAAGAUCAAGGGGGUGAGCUCCUCUCUCUGAGAUAUGAUCUUACGGUCCCGUUUGCUCGUUAUGUUGCAAUGCACAAACUCAAGGCCAUAAAGCGGUACCAAAUUGGGAAAGUCUAUCGCCGUGACCAACCGGCGAUGACUCGUGGACGAUAUCGAGAAUUUUACCAAUGUGAUUUUGACAUAGCCGGUGAUUUCGGACCGAUGCUUGCGGACGUCGAGUGUAUUCGCAUAAUACAUGAGGUACUCUCUGAAUUGGCUCUCGGUGAAUUCGUCAUCAAAGUUAAUCACAGACGCCUUUUGGAUGGACUCUUUCUCGCUUGCGAUGUCCCAACUGAAAGCUUCACAUCAACUUGCUCUGCUGUUGAUAAACUAGACAAAGUCCCUUGGUCUGAAGUGGCACGUGAACUGUGUGAAGAAAAAGGAUUGUCCAAAACUACUGUGGAUAAAAUUGGGUCUUAUGUACAGCUUGCUGGCAAGACGGAUUUGGUGGACCUUCUUGAACAGGACGUGCGUCUAAUGGAACAAGAGACUGCUCGUACAGCUUUGGCGGAUCUCCGGCUGCUGUUUACCUAUUGCGAUGCGCUAGGUUUGUCUGAACAUGUGCGCUUUGAUCUUAGCUUGGCACGUGGUUUGGAUUAUUACACUGGAGUUAUCUAUGAGGCUGUGCUAUCUGGUUUCACAUUUGAGCCUAAAUGUGCGUCCGUUUCGGAGACACCAACUGUCCAGAAUGGCACUGAUAAAGCUUCUCCGAAGAAUCCAAAAUCUUCAAAGAAAAGGACCGCUAAAGGCAAACAGAAGACCUCGGAAGAAGAACAAGAGACCCUUACCCCCGGUGAUUCAUUGGCCGUCGGUAGCGUUGCAGGCGGUGGUCGCUAUGACAACCUGGUUGGAAUGUUCGAUCCCUCAGGUACGCGUGUUCCUUGUGUUGGAGUAAGCUUCGGCGUGGAGCGCCUACUUGCCAUCAGUGAAGCUCUGGUUACUAACGGAUCGUCCUUUAGAUCCUCACGCCCAACGGAGACAGAGGUCAUGGUGGCUGGUGCGCACAAGGGUUUGAGUAUUCAGCGACUGCAGUGUUGCCGCUUGCUCUGGGAUGCCAAGAUUAAAACCACAUUUUCUCACAAAAGCAACCCCAAGCUACUGGACCAGCUCCAAUAUUGCGAGGCAACCGGCAUCCCUCUGGUCAUUAUCCUUGGCGAAGAUGAGCUUACUCGUGGUAUGGUCAAAAUGCGCGUCGUGUCUACGCGGGUAGAACGGGAAAUCUCCUACGAUAGAUUAGUCGAAGAAGUACAAAAUGAAUUGUCCAAGUUGCGCAUUGCACGUUGA